UUCUAGCUGCUGUCUCUGAAGAAGUGUUGUGCUUUCAGCAGCUGAUCAGCCUGUGUGUGUCAGAGCUCACACUGGAGCUGUGUCCUGUCCAGCUAGCAGGCAGAAACCAUGGGAAGAAGCUGCAGUUUGGAUAAACAUGGGGUGAAGGAAUCGCAGGGAACCAGAGGUGUUGGUUAUGAGCUGACUGAAGAGCUUAAGCGUUGGGAAGAUGCUGAGUUGAUGAGUGGAGGAGAAGGGAAAGAACACAGCCGAGCAAAAGAUGUAACAAUGCCAGCGAAGCUUCCAGUGAAUUUUUUCUCCACAAGAUCUCCAGUCACUGAUCUUUUUCGAGGGCAGUUAGACUAUGCAGAUCAGCUCCGUCAGGAUUCAGAAAUUGUGCUGUAUUUCUUCUAUGCGCCAUGGUGUGGGCAGUCCAUUGCAGCAAGAGAAGAAAUAGAACACGUGGCCAGCAGAUUGUCAGACCAGGUGCUGUUUGUGGCUGUAAAUUGCUGGUGGAACCAGGGGAAGUGCAGGAAGCAGAAGCAUUUCUUUUAUUUUCCUGUGAUACACUUGUACCAUCGGAGUUUUGGACCAAUUGAAUACAAAGGCCCUAUGAGUGCUGUUUAUAUUGAAAAGUUUGUUCGCCGGGUGAUGACACCACUACUCUACAUCUCGUCUCGAUCAAAAUUACUAGAUUUCCUCUCAAAUUAUGAGCCUGGAGUUGUGGGAUUUUUUGAGUUCAAUGCUUCACCUCAACCGCCUGGUUAUUUAACAUUCUUCACAUCAGCAUUACAUUCAUUAAAGAAAGAUUACCUUGGGACGAUCCGCUUUGGAGUGGUCACGGAUAAACGUGUGGCAGAGGAGAUCUCCCUGGUGGACUCUGGCAGUGUGUAUUUGCACAGACAUGCCAACACAUCUCUUAUCUAUCCAAAAGACAUCAUGAACUUCACUGCUGAGAACAUUUGCAAGUGGGCUCUGGAAAAUCGGGAGAUGCUCAUACGCUGGCUGAGACCACACGGUGGGAAAAGCCUUCUUCUAAACAAUGAGCUGAAGAAAGGACCAGCACUUCUUAUAUUUAUACCUUAUAAUCCCUUAGCAGAAAUUCAUCCUCUUUUAGAUGACAUUACCAAAGUGGCCUUGGAAUACCACAAGUGUAAUAAAAGCCAGGCAGCUGAGCCAGAUCUUCAGCAUGUAGGAGACUCUGAUUCACCAGCUUUUGAUUCCUCUGUAACAGAUGCACAUCUGAAGUUCUCCGAAACAUUUCCCAUAGCCAAGUACCCGUGCUGUAACACAGUGGUGCUUCCACAGUGGCACUCGAUCUCCAGAACUCACAAUGUCUGUGAGCUCUGUGUUAACCAGACUCUUGGUGUCAAACCAAAUAAAGUCCAUGUGCCACACUGUAACUUUUUAGAGAUAGAAGCAGCUUUGGACUCUUUCUACCUCCAGGAACAUACCUUUUUUCAAGUAAUAUCAAAUACCAUAGAAUGCAGCAAUUUCUUAAGUUUCUAUAGUCCCUUUAGCUAUUACACUGCAUGUUGCAGGACAGUAAACAGGCAUUUUUUAAGUUUCAUUAGUUCUGAGAAGACCAUCUUUCAGACCCCCAAAGUAGCAUUUUCUUCCCAUGGGAAGAAAGAUAACACUCAAUUUUCUAUUCCUCACAUUGAGGAUAGGAAUUGUUUUAUUCCUGACCUUAAUAUCAGUAGCAUGAACAUUACUGGUCUGAGCUGCAGGACCAACAAAACCUUGAAUCUCUAUCUACUGGACUCAAAUCUUUUUUGGAUAUAUGCAGAGAGACUAGGAGCAUCAAGAUCUACUCAUCUUAAGGAAUUUGCUGCCAUUGUUGACCUGAAAGAGGAAGUGCACUAUGUCCUGGACCAGAAUCAGUCACUUGUUGGACCUACCUUGGAGAACUUCAUAAAAAAUUUCAGUAUUCUCUACAGUCCCUUGAAAAGGCAUCUGGUUGAUGACCCUUCAGUCCAUUUUGAUGAAGAGCAUGUGGUCACUGAAGUUACUACAAACACCUUUCAUGAGACCGUGUUCCUGAGUGCCAAGAAUGUCUUGCUGCUGUAUUAUGCACAGUGGUGUGGAUUCUGUGCUUCUCUUAAUCACAUCUUCAUUCAACUUGCUCGGCUUUUGCCUCCUGACAGUUUCACUGUGGCAAGAAUUGAUGUGACUCGAAAUGACCUUCCCUGGGAAUUUAUGACAGACCGUCUUCCAACCAUUUUAUUAUUUCCUCAUCAGAGGAAGGAGCAAAGUGUGAAGUUCCCUGAAGACUUUUCAAUUAACCUUCCCAAUCUCCUGAAAUUUAUUUUACAUCAUUCAAGUCUUUCUUCGUCAGAGCCCUGUACCAAAGAAUGUCUACAUAAAGAGUCAGUUCUACAGCAAGGACACAUCUCACACUUAGAGAGAGAAAUUCAGAAGUUAAGAUCAGAAAUCAGUGCCCUUCAUCAGGCCCAUGACCAGCUUGAAGCACAGCUUUCUGAAGCCAGGAGAGAGGAGCAGAGACUACAGCAGCAAAAACACACACUGGAAAAGCAGCACAAGACUCUGCAGCUCCACAGUGAGCAGUUACAGGCCACAUAUAACCAGAAGAAUCAAGAAUUGUUAGAAAUGGCUGAAAAGCUUCAAGAAUUAGCUGAUGCAUCAGAAAACCUCCUUAAAGAGAACGCUUUACUGAGAAUUCUGGUGGCAUCACGAGGAGGAAAGCUACAGAGCAAAGAUGAAAUUAAGGAACCCAUUCAAUCUGAGAAAACACUUUCUGAAGUUAAUGAUAUAUCACUUUCAACAGCUACCGCUACUUUAGAGGAAAGAAGGAUUGAUAAUAUUGAUACCAUAGAGACAGAGCACAGUAGUGGAAAUAGGACAGAAUAAUUGCUUACACAAAGUCAAAUGAUGCAGUAUUGGGUAGGUAUUUAUGCAAAUUUUAUUGACAUUCAUUGUAAAUAAAGACUUCUUCCCCCACAAGAUCUAGAAAAAGAAAAAUCAAAUGGAAUAUUUUUGUAUACUUGAACAACUUAUUAGAUACCCCCAUCUUAAGAGAAGAGGAGAACGGAAAACACUUUCUGCACUUUACUAUUGCACUAACUUGGAAUCAUCUAUCCAUUUAAAUUAAGGAUACUGGUUUGUAGGGACAGCAGUAUGCAGCACCUCUGAAUAGGGACCAGUUAGUUUUCACUGGCUUUCUCUUACAGCUGCUAGAAGGGGAAUCAGAUCUUUGAUUUAUACAUUUCCAUACUUUCUGAAGUUUGCCCUUUACACUGCAUUCUCUUUGCUGAAUUAAAAUAGAUUCUUCAUCUGUGUAAUCAGUAAACUUGAAUGGACAAAGUCA